GAAAGGUUAGUUAGGGAACACCGUACAAAGGGUAGAAAACGGCUUGGAAACACCGUCAUACCAUUUUUAGAAACCUCCCUCAAUUUUCUGAAUCUUACGUCCGAAUUCUGUUCUGUUUUUUCUUUCCUUUUAUAGCAACCAACCAACACCAUUUCUUUAACUCCUUCCUUUUACCCUUUCACUAUACUUUAGAGCUAAAAUGUCCCUUUUUUGUUCAAUUCUGUGAAACAACAUUCGUCACUUUCGAGGAUUUUAAGGUCGGUUGUUUAUUCAUUAAUCUUAUCAAAUUCAUUCCUAGGGUUCAUUUUUUCGGCUUUUCCCCAAUUUCAUUCUCAAAUUUUGAGCUUAAUUGUUUGCAUUACAUACAAUAGCUAUAAAUACAAUUCAUAAAUCUUCACACUUUCAUAAAUUGUUGUUUUCUUUUAACUUCCUUUGGAGCUAUGAUCUUCAACAUUCAGGUUUCAAGAAUUCUUGUGAACAAGGAAGCAAUGUCUUGUGAAAUUUUUUACGUAGAGGGACUCUAAUACGGCUAUAUUUUGAUUGGUUUUUAUCUCUAACUUAAGUAUGGAAUACCCUUUUUACCCUAAGGGAAGAGGAAUUGGGUAUUGGCAGUCUCCUGGAACUCAGUUGGAAGAAUCAAGAUCAUUAGAUGGUGGAAUCAGCAAUUUGGGGUCAGAGGAUAUGCCUAGCAGCUUCUCCGAGCUCAUGAACUUUGAUACUUAUGCUGGUUUGUGUUCUGGCCCAUCCAUGACUGAUCAGAUUAUGGCUAAUGAGCUUCCGUCUCUUGCCUCGGUAUUAUAUCAAUCGCCUGAUGAAUUCAAUCUAGUAGAACAAAACACUGGACAAUUCUAUAUGACAGGAGUCAGUGGAAAUUACAAUAACUCGGAAAGCUCCCCCAUUUUUGGGGAGAAAAUUGUGCGUCAACAGAUGGAUAGCCUACUUGAUUUAUUAGACAACAACAAUGAUGCAAAUAACUUAAGUUCUAAGCAAAAAAUUAACGACUCUUCACAGCAUGUUAAUACUUUUGACAUGGACAAUUGCAUAAUCUCCAAGCCACCUGAUUUGUCACUUGAUGAGAGAAUGCUGAAAGCCCUGUCCUUCUUUAAAGAAUCAGCUGGUGGGGGAAUAUUGGCACAAGUUUGGGUACCGAUAAAGCAUGGUGGUCAAGUUUACUUAAGCACUAGUGAGCAACCUUAUUUACUAGAUCAAAUGCUUGCAGGGUAUCGUGAAGUAUCAAGGACAUUUACAUUUUCUACAGAAGGAAAACCAGGUUUUUUACCAGGACUUCCUGGUCGUGUGUUUAUCUCCAAAGUUCCCGAGUGGACUUCCAAUGUUGGUUACUACAGUCCAAGUGAGUAUUUGAGGGUUGAGCAUGCAAGAAAUCAUGAUGUUCGUGGAUCAAUUGCGUUUCCCAUAUUUGAUCUGCACUCUGGACUGCCAUGUUGUGCUGUCUUGGAACUUGUCACUACGAAGGAAAAACUUGAUUUUGACAGAGAAUUGGAAAUUAUUUGUCGUUCACUUCAGCUUGUAAAUUUAAGGACUACGAUGCCUUUUCGGCUGCUUCCUGAGUGUCUUACGAAUAAUAAAAGAGCUGCUUUAACAGAGAUAGUUGAUGUGUUAAGAUCUGUGUGUCAUGCACAUAGAUUGCCACUGGCACUAACAUGGAUUCCCUGUUUUUACAAUGAGGGCACAAGAGAUGAAACUACUAGAAUACAAAUUAAAGAGGGUAAUUCAAGUUCUAGAGAAAAAAACAUACUGUGUAUUGAAGAAUCAGCUUGCUAUAUAACUGAUAGAGCGAUGGAAGGAUUCGUGCAUGCAUGCAUUGAACAUCCUCUUGAGGAAGGGAAAGGUGUAGCUGGGAAAGCACUUCAAUCAAACCAUCCUUUCUUCUAUUCUGAUGUGAAAACAUAUGAUAUUAGUGAGUAUCCGCUUGUUCAUCAUGCACGCAAGUUCAAUUUGAAUGCUGCAGUUGCAAUCAGGCUAAGGAGUACUUAUACUAAUAAUGAUGAUUACAUAUUGGAAUUCUUUCUGCCUAUCAAUAUGAAGGGGAGUUCAGAACAGCAACUUUUAUUAGACAACCUCUCAGGUACCAUGCAGAAAAUUUGUAAGAGUUUGAGGACAGUUUCAGGUGCCGAACUAUCAGAAAUGGAAAGCUCUCAGGAAGGGUUUGAAAAGAACAGUGUCCCAAGUUUUCCCCCCUCGUCUAAGAGAAAAUCUCCAACACCAUUUAUAAAUGAAAGCCAUGGUUCCGUCAAGAAGCUGUCGUCAAAGGCUUCUAACCUGAGAAACAAUGGAAAUGAGCCUUCUCCUAACCAGGAAAGAAAUGCACCGAAAAGACGAGCUGAGAAAUAUAGAAGUUCAUCCGAGAAGAAUGUUAGCUUGAGUGUUCUCCAACAAUACUUUUCUGGUAGUCUGAAGGAUGCUGCAAAAAGCAUUGGCGUUUGCCCGACAACUCUGAAAAGGAUAUGCAGGCAUCACGGAAUUUCAAGAUGGCCAUCCCGCAAGAUUAAUAAAGUGAAUCGUUCUUUGAAGAAAAUUCAGACUGUGCUUGACUCUGUCGAGGGAGUUGAAGGUGGGUUGAAGUUUGAUCCUUCCGUGGGGGCAUUUGUGGCAAAAGGGACAGCCAUCCAAGAAAUUGAUGAAAAUAGAAGCCUCCCUUUCCCCGAGAAAAGUACUACAGAAGACUCUGAGCCGUUUUCACAAGAUGCUGCCUCAGUGCCUCUUGCACAUUGUAGUGACGGUGAGAAUUCAGCAAAUAAGUUGGAUGAGAAAUUGAAGGAAACCAAUGCAUCUUUGAUUGAUUGCAGUGAAGAUUCAAAAUCAUUUGCAAUGGAUGAUUGUCCUGAACAAGCUUGUUUUGGUUCCGUUCUUGGAAAAGGUGAUCAGUGGGUUCUGAACAAGGGUGGUUUGAGAGAAGAAGAAAAAUGUAAACAUAAUACUAUUGGCAAGAGGACAAGUUCCUUUGUUGUUUAUGAGAUGGACACUGGUGUGGAUGGGGAUGAUGAGGCUGUUGAGAACAACAAUCCUGCUUCUUCAAGCUUGACAGGCUCGUCUAAUAGCUCUGGUUCAAUCGUACAUGACAGUUCAUCAGGUUACCAGAACCUUAAGAACCAAAAGCAGUCCAAAAGCAAAUCAAUCAUCGUCGAUAGCGGGUCAAAAAUCGUUGUGAAAGCUACUUACGGAGAAGACACCAUUCGUUUCAAGUUUGAUCCAGCCACAGGUUGUUUAAAACUAUAUGAAGAAGUUGCAUCAAGGUUCAAACUGCGAAACGGGACAUUCCAGCUCAAAUAUCUAGACGAUGAAAAAGAAUGGGUGAUGUUAGUGAACCACUCAGAUUUACAAGAGUGUUUGGAAAUAUUGAAUGAUAUGGGGACACGUAAUGCAAGGUUUCUUGUUCGCGAUACGCCUUGUACUUUUGGCAGCUCUGGUAGUAGCGUGUGCUACUUGGGAGGCAGCUCAUAGCAUAUCAGAUGAUGGAAAUGGAUGACUUAAAUGUAACAAUUUUAGUUUUUUUGCUUUGACAAGAUUUUGAUGAUAUUUUCACAAUCUUAUGGAGGGUUCUGCAUCUCGACGAGUUUGAAUUUUAGGUAUGCUAGUUGCCAAGCUUAACUAGAGUGUCCAAUAUUGUCAUUCCCGAGCGGCCUCUGGAAAUAUUCGGCUUAUGUGGGAGCACAAGCUUUGGCACAAUGAUAAGGCUGUUGUCAUGUAUACCAACAGGUCAUGGAUUCGAAUCUUGAAAACAGUCUCUUGCUUGCAGGGUAAGGCACAUUUACUCUCCAAACUCCAUUUGAUGAGAGCUUUUAGUUCUGUAUAUGUUGAACACACAGAUAGCAGCAGCAUAGGAAUUUAUAGUAGUAGUGAGAACAUGAGGUAAAUGGCUCUGCAGUGCUGUAAUGUAAUGUCAGUUUGUUGUAUAUAAUUAUCAACCGAUGAUAUAAUUAAAAUGUAGUGACAAUAUAUAUAAAAUGAGAAGUGUACAGAGUGGUUGUAUGAAUAAGAUAUGUGAUUCCUGAGUCAUGUAGUGACAACUUUAGCGAUUA